GUUAUAGACUGACAACAAAGACAACGUUUUGACUAGGGCGUUACUCUACUUGAAUAUUCGUGUGCACAAACUAAACACUCACUCGGUGAAUCUCCAAACUUUGUGAGUGUUUGGUGUUGUGUCUUACGGGGCAUAGAGUUUGAAAGUUGGCUGUACUCUUUUUCAGUAUUAAGUUUCAGUAUAUUUCUUCGUAUAAUACUUUUACUAAAAUAAUUUGACGAAGUAUAAAUAGUAUUGUAGUAUCAAUACACAUUUUAAAUCUUUACAUUUGGUUUGCAUUCGACAUUUGCUAAAAAAAAAGGAACAUUGCAUAUUUCGUUUAGUUGUAUAAUAUAAAAUACAAUAAAUAAUUCUGGGAUUACAUUUUGAUUCAUUUGGAAAGUUUUUGCCAGCAAGAAAAACUUAUUGUGUAUUCUUAGUAUCCAUCUAAAUGUUGUAUAUAAGACCAUAUCUAAUCAAUAUAAUACAAUUAACUAAGUGGAUGGUACAAUAACUGUGCAGUAAUAAUGGAACAAAUUGAGAUACUGAUUCAACACAUACAAUAGAACGUUUCCGAGAAUAACAAAACAAAUCUAGACAAAAUAUUGUCAGGAAGAAACAGGAAGACAAAUUCAUAAUAAAAUUGAUUAAUGAAACGUUGAAUCUGAGGAGAAACAAAAACCUGUUGUGUAUUUAAUUCAUCACAUUGUCUAGUAGACAACAAAGUACUUCGUGGAUAGUUGCAGAUUUGAAGCAGCGUUCAGAGAUCAUUAUUAAAUUUUCUAAAAUUUUGUUAAAGGUGUUUGCACGUUGUCACAGAUCAACAUUGAUUUAAUUUUACAGCAAGGAUUUACUAUAUAUAAGAACAAAUCAAUUCGGUAUUUUUUUUUUUUAAAAACAUAGUUUUAGUACAAGGCAAGCAUAGCAGAUAAGAGCCAAGCAUGGACAGAAAAGGGCCACCACCACCACUGACCCUCAGCCCGGACAGACUGUCCACUGGAUCACCGGAGUUGUCACCCAUCUCUCUGCGACACAAGAAGUCACAGAGUGUGACUUUCGCGGACAAGCACCGGAAAGACCUGUCUGACUCACUGCCCAGCGUGGAAGUCCUGCCGCCAUUUACUCUGCAGUUGAGCCCCAAAUCUCGGAAAAGCUUGUCGCCCUCGUUGCUUCGUCGCGCUCUGUCGCCUUCUCUUCGACGCCGAAACAAAAUUCGAAAUUCAAAACGAUCUCACAGCACCGGAAACGUGGACAUGUGCAGCGGAUGUGGCUUUCCCAUCAUGGAGGAAAACAUGGUCUCUGCGCAGGGCUCCCGAUAUCACACCACGUGCUUCCGGUGUGCUAGAUGUGACACACAGCUGACGUUGAAGAGUUACAGGAAACAGAGUAUGGAAGGCCAGCUGUACUGUGAGGCGCAUGCGCCCCCGUCUCAAGGCUCCACCCCAAGUCCAGAGACGGACGAAAAGAACUCUGAUCUUUUUGAAAUGCUGGAAAGGUUACAAGGUACUCGCAUUGAUGACCAGCGGUGUGAUAUGACCAAUUUCUAUAAGGGCCCAGAUUUCUUGGAUUCUCUACUCUUGCUCCAGUCUCGACGAUAUGAGGACCAGAGAUGCCUCCUCCCUUCCCCGACAAAACCUGACCAGUCACCUGCACCUGUCGUCAAUGAAGAUCAAAGACAAAAUAUUCAACAGAUUCUCCAGGCAGGUCCACCUUACCCAAUGAUUGUACUACCACCUAGGGGCGGUUACUGGAUGGAAGGGAGCGAGGGGUUCUUCACUUCUGAAGAGGACAAUGUGCACGAGUCCAUCUCCUCCUUGCACCCUAGCGCCAGUGAACUGAGCAUCGACACUGACUUCACGGCGCAGUGCUAUAGGUGUGAGUUUUACGGCAAGGAACAUUUUAACUACUACGCCUUUGAUGAAGUUGUGGGUCCGAUAGUGCUGUCUGUAAAAGCAGAGUCGGUGACUACGGACUGCAUUAACGCCAUUGUCAGAACUCGAUUUUGUACAAGACAAGAAAUUUUACAUUCUGUUUCCAUUGAAGCACCAAAUCCUGCCAAAAUUGCCAAGUGUAUUUGUGAUGAAAUCACUACUGAUAGAUUCCACCCAGUUCUCUCAUUGAAGGGCUCAGAGCUUGUGAUGAGCUAUGAUGAGCAUGUACUGACACAUAAAUUUAAAUUUGGAAUUAUUUACCAAAGAAAAGGACAGACUAGUGAGGAAGAACUCUUUGGAAACAAAACACACAGUCCUGCAAUGGAUGUUUUCCUUGAUACCAUUGGUGACAGAGUACAACUGAAAAAUUUCAAAGGGUUUAGAGGAGGGUUAGACACAACUCACUGCCAAACAGGAGCUGAAUCUGUUUACACUCAAUACAAUGGAAAGGAGAUAAUGUUUCAUGUAUCCACCUUACUUCCAUAUACAGAGGGUGAUGCUCAACAGUUGCAACGAAAGCGCCACAUUGGAAAUGAUAUUGUAGCUAUGGUUUUCCAAGAGGAAAAUACUCCAUUUGUGCCAGAUAUGAUUGCCUCUCAUUUCCUUCACUGUUUUAUUGUUGUCCAGCCUGUUAACUCUGAGUCUGAACCACCUAGAUAUAAGAUCUCUGUUGCUGCCAGAAAAGAUGUUCCAAGGUUUUAUCCAUUGUUGCCGCAGCCGGCAGAAUUUGUAUCUGGUGAAGACUUUAGAGACUUUCUUCUAACUAAACUUAUCAAUGCUGAGUUGGCCUGUUACAAGGCAGAUCAGUUUGCUAAACUAGGAGACCGAACUCGGGUCUCCUUACUAGAAUCUCUAUACCAUGAUCUCCAUAAACGUAAUCUAGAACUCUAUGGCAUCACUGCAGCACAGAAUCCAAAACAAGAAGGAAGCCGACUUCUAGACUCUGUGAAGCGAGCUUUUAGUGGCAAAGGCAGGAGUCCGAGCUUAGAAUCAAGUGCUCUCACAGCACAGAAAAAGCUGAAUGGUUUGCAAGGCUCAUUAGCAACUGUAGGUGAAGAUGACAAGGGAACCAACUCACCAGUACGCAAGUCACCAUCAACACCUAGAAAUUUAGUCAGACAAUAUUCUUCUUCUUUUGAAAAGCAGCCAAAAUCUAACAGGGAUAGUAAAGGGAAUCUGAGACUAGAUAACAGCACACAUACAGGUCUCAAUUAUCAGGCUUGUGCUAGUCCACCACCAAGUCCACAAUCAAGCCCUAGCUCUGUGUCUUCAACAACAAGAACAAACCAACUGAUCCUCAUAUCACGCUCCAACUCUGAAAGCAGUUUUAACAGCAUGGAGGAGUUCCCUGCAGCAAACAACAACAAUAACAGCAAUAUCAAUAACAAUAUUGGCAACAAUGGAGCCAAUAAUAUCAAAAACAGCAACCUUGAAGAUUCGGAUACAGGCAUGGUAAUGGAAAGUAUGUCCUCAACAGGAACACCAAAUAUAACUACACACAACUCAACUCCUUACACUGGAGAGUAUGUUUUUUCAUUAGAAAGUGAUGUGCAUGACCACCUCCAGCGUCAAAUUGACCAACUGAGAGGGGAAGUACACAAACUAAAGAGUGAAAAACAUGAUCUGUUACGUCAGCAUGCGGCCCAACAAAAAGAAAUCAAGUCCCUCAAAGAACAGGAAAUGCUUCUUACUACUGAACUGCGCAGUGCUUUACAUGAACUCUCUGCUUAUAAAGAAGGCUCAGUACCUACGCAGAUUGUCAUGGAGGAUUCAUCCUCUGCGUAGCAUAAAGACCUAGAAAUCUUGUGUAGUUAAUGUUGCUGAACUGUAAAAAUGUAGUAUAUAUAAAUAUAAUAUAUAAAUAUAUAUAUAUAUAUAUAAAUAUCUACUUGAAAAUAAAAUAUUGUUUUAAAAUAUUUUAAUGUUGACAGGAGCUUCUGUAAAACAAAAAACGUUACAAUGUGUGUUUUGGUGAUAUCUAUUUCAAAGUUUUGACGAUUCAAUUUUUUAUGGACACUAAGUUAGAUAUUCAUAGCCCUACUCUGCACUGGUUUGGAUUUAUUAAAAAUAAUUUGAAACUUGUAACAUGAGCUAGAUAUCUUUUUAUUAUAUUCCUGCACCUCAGUUUCUUAGUGUACAAAAAUCAGAAAGUCAAUGAUAAAAUGUUGUUGAUUAGUAUUAACUCUGUUAUUAUUGUGUGGUUAUAUGGUGCUGUCUGUGAUAAUACCAAAAUAGACCUGCAUUAUUUACUUGAAAAACCACAAAAAAACGACUGAAAAUGCUCAUAUACACAAUCAUUUAAACACUUACAUACAUAUGCACACACACAAAGAAGGUUUUACUGGUACCGUAGUAUACAUAUAAAUAUUUCAAUACCAAAACAGUGUUCAUUCAUUAAGCGCCUUAGACGAUUGCUCCAAUAUCAAUCAUUGUUUUUAUUGUAUACCAUGAAAUGUUUGUCUUAUUAUCUGGGUGAUAUCCAGUAACCCAAUGUGCUUCAGUUCAGCUACUUCUAGACAUUGACCCAUCAACACAACCUGAUUCACAUUAUCAUCUCCCCCUUUUGUUAUGUGUUGUUGAAAUGUAUUCUAUUUUUUUUAAUGAUUUUAUUCACCUAUUAAAUUUGUUCCAAGUUUUGUAUGAUUUUAUGUAGUUUUAUAAAUUGUUAUAUGCUUUACUUCUGAAACUAAUUAUUGUUUAUGUGUUUGGUUUUAAUUGUUGUCUGUAGCCAAGGUGUUCAAUACUAGAGUUUGAUUUUAAAUACAAAAGCAAACAUCGUAUGUAUUGAUCACGUUUCACUGUUAGUUACAACAUGUACAUAGUGUCUCUAGUCAGUAACAAUUUGCUGUGAUGUUGUAUGUACUAUGUGAUAAUUUAAUGUACUUAUCAUCCACCAGCCUUGUUGGUAUAUCAGUGGUCUUCAGCAGAGAAAUCCAUAUAUUCAUAUAUUUUCAUAUUGAACUGUUCAGUUUGGAUCAUUAGGGUAUUUGUUUAAUUUAAAUCUGAAUUUUUGUUACAUUGGUGUCAGAAAUACUUCUGGAAAUAGCUGCUGCAGGCAUGAAUUUGUUUGAUAUUGUAUCAUUAGGAGAUAAACAUUUACUUCUGGUGUAAAGUUUUUAAUAUUUUUUUAGUUCAUUUAUAAAAAAAGCAUUUUACAAUUUAUGAAUCAACUAGUCUACAAAAUCUUAAAAACUAAUUUUGUCACUAUUUCUUACAAAUCCUGUACUUUAUGCUGUAGAAUGACUGACUUGGCUUCACAACAGUACUUUGAAUAGGACAGUGUUUUGGGUUAUUCCCCUCAGUUUGGUACAUGUUCAUUCUUGCUUCUUGUUCUGUAGAAGUAGAACUGAUCAUAUUAAAAACAUUUUCUUUCAUACCUUUAAAAAAAAUGAUUUCAUUUUCUAAAUAUAGUCAUCUUAAAUGUAACCUAUUACAGAAUUAGAUUUCAUCCUUUUAAUACUUAUAUAUAUUUUCACAUCCUUUUAAUACUUCCAUAUUUUCACAUCUAAUGUUGCUCAAAUUUUAGUGACUUUUUGUAUUAUCAUGAGGGAAGUGCAACAGAAAAAUUAAAACCUUAACAUUCCUUGCAGUCCAUCAGCAAUUUACACUUUAUCAAAUUCAUACAAGAUCUAUACUAUUAAUAUUAGCAUUUUUUGUCAUACUAUAGAUUAUUUUGCCUGAAUAAAAGACAUGGACUUAGUUUUAUGCUUAUUAAUAAUAUUAUUAUUAGAUUAACUACUAUAAAAAAAAAUUUUAUUGACCAGAGGUUUUGUUUUUGAUCUACUUUGUGCAAUAGUCCUUUUUUUUUUUAAUGUUUUACAUCAUGGGGAAGUAACUGUGUUCAUGUAUUUGUGAUAGACUAACACGGAAUUAUGUGUGUUUGAAUAUAAUUUGGUUUUCUUGAGUUCAAGGGAGGGAAUUAUAAUUGAACUUUCCUUGCUGUCUAAGGGAGAGAAUGCUUUGUGUUUAUACCUACGUAAAUAAUUCUGUAUAUUUGCAUGUAUGAAGUAAAAUGUUGACACUUUGUACAGGUUUUAAUAUUGACCAGAGAAAAUAAACAUGAACUAUUGGCUUUAA